GCUCGUUAUCAAGAAGAAAAACAGCAAACGGAACCUGAGAUUCCCGUCAGCAGUAAUACUGAAUCGAAAGACGCCGAUGUUGCUGUCAAAACAACAUCUGGCAACCCAACAAACAAACCAAAAGACCCAAGUACGCUUAAAAUUGUCGAAGCUCUCAUUACUACAUCAGAAAACAUCGAUAUA